GAAAAGAACAAAAGGCGAAAAACGCGUUCGUUUUUUUAUUUCUUUUUUAGUGCAGAAGUUUCCAUUUUUAAAGUCACUCUGUUUCUUUUUCUCACCGCUGCUACAAACUACACUUUCUCUUCCAUCUAAAUUUAUUUCAUUUCCAUAUUUAAAACAAAGAAAACCUGAAAUUUAGUUUCAGUUUUAGUCUGGGUUUUUCUCCUUCUUUAAAAAACAUUCCAUUUUCUAAGUGAAAAAUCUGAAAUUUUGUAGGCACUUUUGGCUCUAAUUGUUUCCAUUUUUAAUCAAAGAAAACCCGAAAUUUAGUUUCAGUUUUGGUCUGGGUUUUCCUCCUCCUUUAAAAACGAUUCCUUUUUCAAAGUGAAAAAUCUCAAACUUUGUGGGGGAGUUUUGGGUCAAAUUAUGGAAAUGGCUUUGGGUAAAAUAUGCCGUAGCUCUUCAUUGAAGUUCAGCCAUGGCGUUGUGAAUGAUGGGGAAGAAUCAGGGUUAAGAAGGUUUGUGAGAUGCAAUAGUGGAUUAGGGAGGAAAAGGAUUGAAAUAUCAAACGAGAUUGAGGAAUUUUCGCCUAUUGAUUCACCAACAAAAGUUCCGUUAUUGAAAAGGCAUUGCAGUGAGAGGAUAAAGAAGAUGAUGAUGAUUGAUGAUUGUGAUGAAAAAUCUGUUCUUGAAUCACUUCCUCAAGAUGUUCUUGUUAAGAUAAUUUGUGGUGUGGAUCAUGAAGAUUUGAAGCAACUCUUUAAGGUUUCUAAAUCAAUUAGAGAAAUUACUGUAAUUGCAAAGAAGAUGCAUUUUGCUUAUAGUACACCAAGGAAGGUCAAGGCUUUUAGAACCUCCAUUGAUUUGGAGGAACGGAGUGAGUUAGAAGACGGUACUGAAGAAGCUCCAAAUGCACCGAGGCAAUGGCGGUCCUACAGGUCAAUAAACAGGAAGAAGCUGGCUAGUAUUUCAGUGGCAUUGUUUGCUUCACACGAAAAAUGAUUCAUUUAUGUAUAAAAUACCUUAAUUCUUGUUGUUGUUGUAGAUUUAAAGGGGUAUAUUAGUGAGAUUACAAGCCAUUUCUUCAAAAUGUUUAGAUUGAAGAUUGGGGUCUUUUUGCUUGUUUUAAGGGAGAUUAUGCAUUCAUUCCGAGGGUUUUCUUAACCCUUUCUGAUGUAAUAAAAUCAGAAUUGUUCAUUUUUUAUUCGAAAUUAUUCUCAAUUUAACUGAA